AUGCCCGCCAAAACGCUCUUUCUUUCCUUCCCUUCCCUGUCUACACCAAACGCUUUCGUCCUUGUUGCUGCAGCUUCCCCCACUAUCACAGCGGCGAGUAUUGCUUUUGUGACGAUAAUGGGGAAUCCGCAAGAAGCAAACAUGAGCGCUCCACCCGCCUACGCUCCUGCAUUCAAUUCAACGCAAGGAGGAGCGCCGGCGUUGGGCGUAACGACGUACUCCCCACUUGCAUCGGGCCUCACGUCGGGCUUGAACGCAUCGUCCACGCAGCCGACUGUAUCGCAAUCCCAAUCACAAUCACAGCCUCUCAUUCCCCAAGACACGCCCGGAUCUGGGCCCAAUUCGCCCCAGCAACCCUCGUUUUUCCAACCGACUAAUAACACGGGGACACUCGGCGGUGGUGGUGUCCAGCAGCCUCUGCCGCAGGCCCCACAGAGCAUGAAUAACGCAGUCACAACGCCAUCACCUACGUUCCAGCCAAACCACGGUACCGUUAACGGGACUAUCAGCGGUCAGCAGCAGGGGCAGUACCAGCCACAGAGUCAGGGGACAGACUUUAACCCGUACUACCCGCCUGCGCAAGGACAUCCAUCACCACCAGCACCACCGCCGAUGUACAGCGCUCCCGGGCAGCCCAUCCAGUUCCAGGUGGUAUCACCUCUGCAUGUCCUCGGACCCGGCCCUGGUGCUGUGCAGUGCCCCAACUGUGGAACGCGGGGUAUCACGAAUAUUCGGCAUGAGUCUGGGAGUACGACGCAGUAA